AUGUGGCUGGUCAUGGGCCAGCUGCCCCCCGCCGAGAAGGCGCAGGAGGAGAGGGGCCGGCUGUGGCCGUGCUCCACUUCUGACCACUCUCCGCACUCUCUGGGCCUCGGGGGUCCCUUCUGUCCACUCCCCAAAACCUUCAGGCCCAUGGCACAGGUAAAAGAUGAGAAAAAUAUCCAGGAGGUGUUUGACCUGAGCGACUACGAGAAGUGUGAAGAGCUCCGGAAAUCCAAGAGCAGAAGCAAGAAAAACCACAGCAAGUUUAGUCUCGCCCACUCCAGGCAGCCGGGGAACACGGCACCCAACCUGGUCUUCCUGGCGGUGAGUCCAGAAGAGAAGGAGUCGUGGAUCAGCGCCCUCAACGCUGCCAUCACCCGCGCCAAGAACCGCAUCCUGGAUGAGGUCACUGUCGAGGAGGACAGCUAUCUCGCCCACCCCACUCGGGACAGGGCCAGAAUCCAGCACUCCCGCCGCCCUCCAACUCGGGGACACCUGAUGGCCGUGGCUUCAACCUCUACCUCGGAUGGGAUGCUGACCUUGGACUUGAUCCAGGAGGAAGACCCUGCCCCUGAGGAGCCAGCCUCCUGUGCCGAGAGCUUCCGCGUGGACCUGGACAAGUCGGCCGCCCAGCUGGCGGGCGGCCGGCGGAGAGCAGAUUCGGACCGCGUCCCCGCCUCCUCAGACCGGGCAGGCGGCCUUCCGCGGCCUUGGGAGAAGCCAGACAGGGGGGCCACCUACACCCCCCAGGCGCCCAAGAAACUGACCCCCACGGAGAAGGGCCGCUGCGCCUCCCUGGAGGAGAUCCUGUCUCAGCGGGACCCCGCCCACCCCCUCCAACUGCAGGCCGAGGACCCCCCGGCCCCCGCCCCAGCCUGCCCGGCACAGCUGUCCCGGAUCCAGGACCUGGUGGCCAGGAAACUGGAGAAGACUCAGGAGCUGCUGGCGGAGGUCCAGGGGCUGGGAGACGGGAAGCGCAAGGCCAAGGACCCCCCGCACGCCUCCCCGGGCGCCGAGCAGGGGCAGCUGCUGCUGGAGACGGAGCGGCUGCUGGGAGAGGCCUCCUCGAAUUGGAGCCAGGCCAAGAGGGUGCUGCAGGAGGUCCGGGAGCUGCGGGACCUGUACCGGCAGAUGGACCUGCAGGCCCCCGACUCCUGCCCCAGACAGACCGCACAGCUCAGCCAGCAUCGGAAGAGCCUGCUGUGACGCCCACGGGCCCGCGCUGCAGGAGGGACCUUUUUAUUUACCUCAGUCAAAAAACAAGAAACAAAAACCUGAUCACACGCGUCGCCCUUGCUGGUGCCCAAGCCCCACGCAGAACUCUGCCCCGCCUCCUGCCGCCCCAUCUCCCUGAGAGCCCGGGCCCCGGGUUAGGGCCCCCGGAAGGCACGGUCAGGCCAGGCGCUGUACCCCAGGUGUGCACCCGCAAGGCGAGGGGCCGCUCCCGCUGGGGCCGGGGCUUUCUCAGGUCUCGUCCAGGUUUUCAGUCGGGGUGAAAUUUCAGCCGCGUGGCUCCAGGGACGACGCCCGCCCGCGCCCGCCCGUCAGCACGGGGACCUGAGCCGCACGGGCGAGGAUGGGCUGUGGGGGGGGGGGCUCGGCUGCUCGCUGGGCGCCGCCUCCGGCCCUUCCCCACCAGCUCGGCCGGCCCUGGGUGGUUUGGCGCGGUGUGGCAGAGGGGAACAGCCACCCCACAGCAGGCUGAGCUGAGGAGAAGCUUACCUGUGACGCACGCCGCCGGCCAGGGGAAAACCAGGCUGCUCCAGGUUCCUCUUUCGGCCAGGCCACCGCUUCCUGCCCCUCUCCCUCCGCGGCCCUCUCCGGAGCCCUCAAGCCUGACACUAGAAAAGCAUCUUCCGGGCCGCACCCUCCCUCCCAUCCGGGUGCCUCCCCCAGAAGGGCUGAGAUUAGGUUUAGGACACCCCAGGAGCCUUGUGAACACAGAAGGGCGCGGAGACAGGACUCGGAUCCAGUAAACGAGGGGUUACGCGGCAGCUGCCCCCUCUGCCCUGGCCCCUCACCUGGGCAGCCAGGGGACAGCACCACGCCCAGAUGGCGGCCAGGCUGCGGUGGCCUUGGGGGCCGUGGGCGGACGCCCCGCUCUGCGGCAGGCCCAGGGCCGCCCUGGGUGGAGUCUUCUAGGCCUUAAUGCUCUCAGGGAACCAGGCGGGGAGGCCGGAGGCCAGGGGACUCCGCGCCCCCUCUGGCCCCUGGCUGCUCCUGUCCCCAGACGGCCCCUGCGCUGCGGCGCCUUUAGCCCUUUCCCCGGCACGGGAGUGAGCGCUCUGGGCCCAGCUGCCCACGGUGACAGGCGUGGGAGCCCGGUGCCCACGCUGGGCCAGAGCCUGGCAACUCUUUCCCCUUCGGCCCCAGAGCAAGGCGGGAGGGGGCUGGGUGCGCGGCCCCUGGCGGCACCGUUCCCGGGAGGAGCCCUGCUCACUCCCAGCUCGGACAGUCCCGCCGGCCGGCCGCCGCGCUCUGGGCUGGCCAGGCCUCCGGGCCGCCAACAGCCCCCUCGCCCGGCACUCAGGCUGGUCAGCAGGGCGCCCUUUGAAGGCUGCAAGUCUCGGUGAAAAUUAUAUUUUCUUUUUUAAGUCUC